UGAGAACCAUUGACUUCCAUGAAAACCACUUAUAGGGGGAAAUACUAAGUGCCAAGCAACACCUGCUGUCUGCUGAGUGCAUUUAAGGUCAACCUAGGAGCUGGAGGCCACAGCUCUCUGCCAGGUGAUUUUCUUCCUUUAGUUAACAUGCCAGCCAUGGACACCACAGAAGAGAGGCUGAAGAAAUUUAAGUAUCGAGGAAAAGAUGCAUCUGUAAGGCGACAACAGAGGGUGGCGCUCAGCCUGGAGCUUCGGAAGGCCAAGAAAGAUGAGCAGGCUUUAAAGAGAAGGAAUAUCACCUGCCCCUCCCCUGACCCAGCUUUUGGGAACAUAAACAAAGAGGUCAGUCUCACACUGGAUGAAAUAAUCAAAGGUGUGAAUGGCACAGAUCUGGCCAUAUGCUUCCAGGCUACCCAGGCAAUCAGGAAAAUGGUAUCACGGGAAAGGAAUCCUCCUCUCAAAAUGAUUGUUGAAUCAGGGGUCAUCCCCAGGAUAGUGGAGUUCCUAAAGUCAUCCCAUCACCCCUGUUUGCAGUUUGAGGCAGCCUGGACUCUGACCAACAUUGCUUCAGGGACUUCAGAUCAAACCCAAGCAGUUGUGGAGGGGGGCGCCAUCCCACCCCUCGUGGAGCUCCUGUCUUCCCCCAGUACAACUGUGUGUGAGCAGGCAGUGUGGGCGCUAGGUAACAUAGCCGGUGAUGGCCCAAAAUUCAGAGAUAUUGUUAUCUCCAGUAAUGUCAUCCCACGUCUGUCAGCCCUGGUUUCAUCAUCCAUACCAAUCACAUUUCUACGGAACAUCACAUGGACCUUGUCCAACUUGUGCCGGAACAAGGACCCGUACCCUCAAGAGGAGACAGUGAAGCAAAUGCUGCCCAUCCUUUGCCACCUCCUACAGCAUCAGGAUAGUGAAAUUCUCUCGGAUACCUGCUGGGCCCUGUCCUACCUCACUGAGGCCUGCAACGAGCGCAUUGCCCUCGUGGUUGACACAGGAGUCCUGCCCAGGCUGGUAGAGCUCAUGACCAGCUUGGAAUUCACUGUCUUGACUCCUGCUCUCCGCACCGUGGGGAACAUUGUCGCAGGGACAGAUCACCAAACUCAGAUGGCCAUUGAUGCAGGCAUGCUGAAGGUGCUGCCCCAGCUCCUACAACACCCCCGGCCCUCCAUCCAGAAGGAGGCAACCUGGGCCCUGAGCAACGUAGCCGCUGGGCCCCGACAUCAAAUCCAGGAGCUGAUCACUCAUAAUUUACUGCCUCCUUUGGUGUCUCUGCUAAGAGAUGGAAAGUAUAAAAUUCAGAAAGAAGCUGCCUGGACAGUGGUCAACUUCACAACGGGGGCCUCCCCGGACCAAUUAUUCCAGCUCAUUCACUCUGGGAUCCUGGGGCCACUGUUGAAUCUGCUCACUGCCCCAGAGGCGAAGAUUAUCCUCAUCAUCCUCGAUGUCAUCUCUUAUAUCCUCCAGGUUCCACAGAAAAAGAGUGAUAAGGAAAACUUGUGUCUGCUGAUAGAAGAACUUGGUGGGAUCAAUAAAAUUGAGGCUUUACAACUUCACGAGAACUCUCAGGUUAGCUCGGCUGCUCUGCACAUCAUCGAGAGCCACUUCAGUGAGGAAGAAGACACUGACAUACAUACCUCAGUUCAAAGCCAACUGUGAAUGCAUGAAUUUCUUCACAGGAAAAUCGCAGGCGCUUCACAACUUGUAAACCUAAAAGCCAGUGCUAAAGGAUAAGUCCUUUGAGAAGCAGUGUUUCUAAUUCUUAGUGUAUCACAAAUGUAAGGUUUUUUAAACUUAAUAAAAUGUUGAGCACGUUCACGUCUUGUU